UCUAUCUAUCUAUCUAUCAGGUGUCCCAGGUAAUGAUUGGGUUGAUGGUGAUGUCCUACUCCAUCCCCCUCCUCUCCACUGAGUUCACAGAGGUCGUGACCUUUGGGGUACCAUGGUGGAGUGGCCUAUCGUUCAUAGCAGCAGGAGUCAUUGCCAUAGUGAUGGAGAAACACAGCAGUAUGAAAUCGCUGGGUGUGGUGUAUGUGGUGACACUGGUUCCAUUUUGUUCUCUCCUGGCCCUCAUCAUCUACUUCAUUGAUCUCCACAACAACCAGAGGACACCGUGUAACCCCCUCCCCGCACACCCACUACUGGCAGGACUGGGUGGUGUAUGUGGUGACACUGGUUGCCAUUUGGUUUCUCUCCUGGCCCUCAUCAUCUACUUCAUUGAUCUCCACAACAACCCAGAGACACCGUGUAACACCCCCUGGCCCCGCAACCACACUAGGCAGGAGUAUGAAUGUGACCACCAGCACUAUGCCACUGUGUUCAGUUAUGGAGUAAAGUCGUCCCUCCUUCUCUUCACCAUCAUCCAGAUCACCAUCUCCUCAACGCUCUCUUACAUCCUGUACAAAAAGAGGAGGAGUUUCGGACCAUACUCAUCUCUCAAUCAAGAUGUUCCCUCGACUCCCAUACUGGUCACUGCCCCCGACUUCAACUGACCAAUAACAGCCGCAGAAGGACUUUAACUGACCAAUCACAUCUACAGACAGAUUUCCACCAAUUCCCCUSUUAUGAUACUGAUGAUUUGUCCGCCACUGAUGGUUUGUUUAAGUUUCUACCAUUGUGGCUUUAUGUUAUGUCUUUGAAUGUGUAACAUGAAGCUGUGGAAUUGAUUUGGAUGUUAUUCCAUAGUAUGCAGUAUUUUACUACAAUGCAGUGUUAAAUAAUGGUUUAAUUUCCCCUAAAUUCCUCAUUUGUUUUGUAUAUUARCACCUAAAUAAAAUCAUUUAUAUCAAAAAUACUGUUC